AUGUCGUCGUGCGCUUCUCUCCCACGGCGCCCCGUCGACAACAUUGCGACGCCCACGCGCAGCGACAGCCACUCCAGAUUGUUCCAUGGUUUCCCGGCUCUGUCACCAGCUCUUUAUCCUGCUUUCACUUCUUCAUAUCCAAAGUCUGAUUCACGUAUUCUCAACAUGCCGUCGCGAGUUUUCGCAGCUCCGCCGCGCCAGGUCGAAGAGCUCACAGCUCUAUUGACACAUCGAGACAAGGAGAACUUUGCAUCGCCAAUCUUAGCCGAAGGUGAAUGCAGUUUUGAGCUGGCGCUCGACUUUCAGGGUCGCAAGCACGUUUAUCCUGAGGCUAGUGUUGAGGUGUAUACAUUUGGAUUGCAAGAGGAUGUGUCCAGCUCACACCCAAGUUUCCCAAUGCCAGGCCUAGCAAGUGCCAACACGCUCCGCAACUACCUCCAUGAAUACCUGCAACCCCACCAGAUCAUCGACGAAUAUGGCGACGAGUGCGAUUUAUCUGGCGUUUCAAACGAUCACCUUGCCGUGUUGCAGGCCAAGAUGUGGACUAAGGUCUCCAACAGUCGCUGCCCAACAAUGACAACAUCCCAGCGUCCAUCUAGACUGCAAGUUCUCGUGGCGGAACAUGUUGCAAAGAUCUCACAGCUUCUAGAAGAAAAGCACCUUUUCGUUCUGAGCAAUACCGCGCACGACACCUGCACCUACCUUAAAGAUCUUCAAGUUAUUCCAAUGCACACAUGCCAAUCACAAAUUGUCAGACUCGAACCUCUUGUUCAUUGGGGUACGGUCACGCCCACCGUUGGGUCUCAGUCCAUACUCGCUUUCCGCCGCGAUGGUGAACUUAUGCAGCAGCCUGAGUACUGGCAGCUCGUCAGGCAUUUGGUUGAUACGGAAGCGCCGACCUAUUGCGUCGAUUGCUUGGAGUACCUGUGGAGGAAGCGCGCUGAAGCUCGAGAUACUAUGAGGCAGCUCCAAGGUGCUCUUCCGCGACCUCAGUUACGCAGCUCGGAAGAGCCAGCUCCAGUACAGAUCAUGCGGCCAUUCAAGAACCCUAGAGUCACAUUAUUCGAUGUCAGUGCAUUGAUUGGUAGCGGGACCUUGGGCGCAGCAGCAUACCAAAGCAAGCCGGCCGACGGUGAGCUGCAUGAGGAUUUUGGCAAAGUCAGUCAAGACGCUCCCACAUUACGAAAAACAGACGAAACAGGCUGA